CGUCACCACAUUGAAUUAAUUGAAAAAGUUCACCACAACUUCAUCCCAACUUCAUUCAGAGUUCAACACUCGACAUAAUGUUUCCUCUUGGAUUGAGGCGAACCUAUUUAGGAGGCUUGACACGGGUAUCCAGAAAUUUGUAUGGUCUUGUGACUUUCAAGGGUCCAGAAAUUAGGCCACUAGUUAUCGGCAAACCAGCCAGUUUGCCAUGGAUAAAAUUUCUUCAAAAACGACAAGCAAGCGGGUCGCCUGCCCUCUUCAGGAGCCAGCAACUGCUUCCUUCGACUUUGCUCUUGGGCGUCAAUACCGCAAGAGCUUUCACCACACACUCGGCCAACCCCCAAAAGGCAUCUCAUGAUAAAGAGCCUGAACCCACCGCAUCUAAAAUCACCAAGGCCAAUCUCCUCUCCGAGGCCAACAACACCUUUUCUAGAACUCUUGUACAUAUUAAGUGGCCGUUGCUUCGUGGAAACCGCAACACGUCUGCGUUGGACAUCACCUCUGCAUUCAUCUCAUGGUUGGUCAUGGGAAACCUCCUAUGGAUCAUUUUGGGAACAACUACCUUUGGCUUGGUUGCAAUGUAUUGCAUUCAUUAUUUGGAUAAUUUGUGGUACAAGUUCAGCCAGCUGGAAGAUGAAGAGAACACCAACGACAAUAGCGUUUUGGGCACAUUAACCAGUAUGGUGCUUGCCCAUGGCUUGGGGAUGAAAAUCGAAUUUCAAAAGGGAAACAUCUUGCCCGAACUCAGAGAGGGAAAGUUGAGAUUCAGGAACUUCACAGUGAGUUCUUCUGUGGGCCAAGAUGAGGAAGAAGACAAAAUGUACCAAUUUUCGGCCAAAGUCGAAGCUAUGGAUAUCACAUUGUCGUUCAAAAAAUGGUACGAAGGAAAUGGCCUCAUCAACGACAUGGAGAUUUUUGGACUCCACGGUGAAGUCUUCAAAUCAGAGAGAUUAAACACCACAGAUAAUAUCCAUGAAAGUAUCCAUUUCCAGUACGACGUUAACGACUACAAUCUUGAGGCAUUAUCUGUGCCACCUCAACCACAGGCAAAGGUAAAAUCAUUCCUUGAUUCCGAUUAUCAAUUAGAUCAUUUGAAAAUAAGAGAUUCCUACUUCGAAAUAUUCAGUGAUUCGUCGAAAUCAAACGUUCCUUUGAGAGUCACGAUUUUCAGUUGUGACUUGCCACAAUUGAGAGGUGACAGAGUAUUAAUUGAUUUCUUCAAUGCGAACAACGUUAGUGGCGCAUUGAAUGACUCCAUGUUCACUAUACAUAAACGUCAAAACGUUACUAACUAUGGCGAUACGCAAGAAAUUAAUGAGAAUAAAAUUGUUCGAUGCAAGAUUAACGGCAUAAACUUAGGUGCAAUUUCAAAAUCAAACCCGAACCUGAAGUUCAACUGGUUAGUUAAUGGUUCUGCGGAAAUCACCGCAGAUAUUACCAUACCCAAUUUGAAUGAAGAAGAAUUUCAAUUCGUCAAUGAAUACAGAAGAGUCAGUAACGCACUUUCCAGUAUUGUGUCAGAUUUCGUGAGCGUCACCAAUCCGGAACCCGAAUCUAAAGACAAUGGAGAUUUGUCUGAAUCAAAUACGCUCUUGCAAGGUGCAUUAGCAGCCAUUUAUCACACCUUCUCAAAACCAACUAAUGACAGAACGCCAGGAAAAUCUAACUACGUUAUGGUAAACGUUAAAAUCAAAUUUUCAGACUUGAAAGCAAGUUUACCACAGCAUUUGCCAUACUCUUCAACUGGGGUCCCAUUUAUUUCUUUGCAAAAUCUUAGAUCCUUGAUUGCUUGUAUCAAUACGUUGUAUACUGGGUCUCCCACACUUGAUAACUCUUCUUCAAGUUCACCUUCUCCCACAAAAAUUACUUUCAACGCACACAAUCCACUAAUAAUUAAAACCACAGUUAUUGAAAAAGUUACUGAUCUUUAUAAUAUCGAUAAUUUGGGACAAACAAAGAUUGUUGACUCAAUCAUUAGUGAUGUUUAUGAAGACUUGCUCAAACUAGUGAAGGCCAAUGAAAGAAAUAUCAUCAGCGAGAGGUCAAAUUUGUGGUCUCACUCGAUUGCUAGUCAAUUGUUGUUGUUGGGAUUGGGAGUAAUUGUAUAAUGUCAUCUUUUUCAGAGCAUUGCUCUCUUUUUAAUGAAUCACGAAAGGGUACGCCUAUUA